AUGGCAGACGAUAACUCUCAAAGCAAUGGUACAGUCAAAGUACCAACAAAUCAACAUGAUAAUCCAUUAUUAAAUAAAUUAACUCCACAACAAUUCGAUGCCAGUAUUAGGUUUUAUGAAGCCGACAAAAAAUUGAACCCCGAAGACAGAGGUGAAGUGGCUAAUGAUUUACAGUCAAUUAUGUAUAAAACUGCAUUCAUUGGGUAUGGUUCGGCCAUGGGUAACUUCUUCGUACCUACAAUUAUAAACAGAUUUCAACAUCCUUCUGUGCCAAGCACUCCUACUAAGAUAAGGCCAUUUGUUCAUAAGCCAUUUCUUUCGUUCCUAAUUGGAUUAACUGCUUUGCUUAUAACGAACCAACAAGUGGCCAAGUAUCAAUUCUCAAAGAAAAUAGAAUCUUUGGAAUCUGAAUCAAGCAAAAAAAAUCAACUUGAAGCUUGGAAGUCAAUGGAUUAUCAUCAGGCCAGUUUGUUUUUCCUCUACUAUAGAAAGACAGCAGAGAACCCAAGAUUUGUUGUUAAAGACCCUAGAACGUUCACUGAGCAAUCUUUGCACGAAGUUCGUUACGAUCCUCCAUCAAAGGAUCGUCAUUUUACGAAAGCAUUAGGAAUUGGCCGUGAGGACGAUUCAGAAAAACAUGAAAUGUCACAUUGGGACCAGAUUCGUACUGCUAAUGGCUUUGCACCUAGCCAGACCCCAAGUUCUUCCCCUGAAAACAAUCAAGAGUUACCAUCUGAUUUAUCUACAGAUCAAGUUGGUAUUAACGCCAAUUACGAAGAAGAACAGGCAAAACCUGUAACUGCUUGGGAUGCCAUUAGACAGCAGUCCCGUAAGCCAUAA